AUGUUCAACAAGCUUGAUGAGCUAACCGUCCUUUGUAGUGUAGAUGCUGCUAUAAUAGUGUACAACUCUUUUGAAUUAGGGCUAGAUGUAUGGGCAUCUGUUGAAGAGGUUCAACAGAGAAUUGCUAAUUUCAUGAACUUGCCGGAUGUGCAACAAACUCGAACAAUGAUGAACCAGGAAAGCUUUGUUUUGGGGAGGAUUAAAAAGUUGAGCAUUAAGCUCCUAAAAGUAAAGAAAGACAACAGGGAGAAGGAGAUGAAUGCGUUGAUGCAUCAAAUCUUUAUUGGAGAGCGAACAAUUGAAUCCUCCCCAAAGAUCAAUUGUUAA